CGGGAGGUGCAGGGCGGCGCACAGGAAGCACGUUCGCGCCCACAGUGGCCGGACAACUGGCCGCGAGCCUGUUGCCGAGGAGCAAAAGCGUCUAGAAGUAGCGCACGGAACCCUUACAGACUGGGGAGAACAGAGGAUGUCGGGCCUCCAGAUUAACUUCAGCCCACUGAAGGAGCCACUCGGCUUCAUCAAGAUUCUCCAGUGGGUAGCUUCCAUUUUUUCUUUUGCUACUUGUGGAGGUUUUAAAGGCAAAACAGGUUUCCUGGUUUCCUGUUCAAGUCACAGUACUAAAAAUGAGACAGUUGAAGCUGCCUUUGCCUAUCCUUUCAGGUUGAAUCAGGUUUCAUUUAGUACAGCAGUGGACCCUCUGUGUAAUGUAACUUGGAGCAAGUAUUUUCUUAUAGGAGAUUUCUCUUCAUCUGCCCAGUUCUAUGUUACGUUUGCAGUCUUGGUCUUCCUCUACUGCAUUGCCGCACUUGUACUUUAUAUUGGUUAUAUGAACCUGUAUCGGGAGAGUCGAAAAAUUCCCUUUAUCGACUUCCUUAUUACUCUCAUUGUUACUUUCUUAUGGUUGGUGAGCACUUCAGCCUGGGCUAAAGCUCUGACAGACAUUAAGAUAACCACAGGUGAAAAUUUUAUUAAAGAAAUCACCGCUUGCACAGGGGAUGUAAAAUGCUACUAUGACUCUGUGACCAGUAUGGGAUCUCUGAAUGUAUCUGUGAUCUUUGGUUUUCUGAACAUGAUACUUUGGGGAGGAAAUGCUUGGUUUGUAUAUAAGGAAACCAGCUUGCACAGUCAGUCAAAUGUUUCUACUCAUGGCGCAGGAACAGUUGCACCUCCUACAGGAAUGUAAUUUCAAGGAGAGAAAUCCACUGUGUCAAAUAAUUAUUCUACAACAUAUUGCCAGCAUCUUUAGAGACAAUGCAAUUUGUUUCUAGUAAGUCAUGGCAUUUGCAAUAAAUUGAUGGAUUAAAAAUUCUGCUAGUUUUUACAUGAAAUAUGUGCCUUAGAUACAAAUUCUGGAUGUAAAUGUUUCAGUUUGUAGACUCAGAUCUAGGGAUUUAUUAUGCGAUUGUAUGCGUAAAAAUGAAUGUGCAGUUUCUUCACUAAAUUUUUUGCAUAGCAAAAGUGUUUACCCUUUAGGCCUUAACACAAAUAUCUUUAUUCAGGAAGGGGCUGUAUUAUCCUAUUUUAAAAAAGAAGAAACUGCACUUGAAUGACACACUACUGUAAGUUUGUACAGUUCAUAUGCCUUAAGACCUGUCUUUGUUUAAAAAAGGCUUAUUGCAUUAUAAAUAUAGCAUAGCAAGAAAAAGCGUUUAGUUCAGAACUUAAAUCUAAAUGCUGUUCAUGUUAAACAAAAAUUCCUCAAUGCAGAUAUGGGGCUUUAAAAUAAAUAACCUUCAAUACUUAAUAGUUGUACAAAAAUUGUUUUGAGGAUGGGGAUUGGAAAUUUCAAGUAUGUAUAAAUGUUCUUUGAUACAGUUAAUACAGUAAUUCUACAAUUUGAGGUGUUUACAUUAUGCUGGUUGGUUUCAUAGAUUAACUAUAUUCUAAAUAUGGUUGACCUAAACACUUUGAAAACGGCAAGAAUAUUCUUAUUAAUAUUUGUCCUCGUUACUCAUGCUACUUGGUUUCAGGGAUAAUUCUGAAAGUAUAGGGAAAAAAAUUUAAAAAUUUUUUUUAAACCCAUUCAGAGGAGAGAAGAGAUUAAAUUUGUUUUUUUACUUUUGGAAUACAUUUAAAUGUUUAGAGUCAAUGAAGUUACUUUUGGAAGCUCAGCACUGAUAUUAUGAAAAUAAGAAAUGAGAUCCAAAUUUCAUUUUUCUUAAUGUUCUCAUUCUUACUACAUAAAUGGAUGAUUUUUAAAAUUAUGUAUGUGUGGUAAACAAAGGAACACAAGUGAGCUAGCUACAUAAUGAGUGCCUGUUUCUUUGUACACAUCUUGUUGUAUUCUGAGUAUGUAUGCACAUGCCAUUCACAUUAUUUACUAAUCUUUAUAGUUGCAUUGUACAGAAAUUCAGAUUUUUUUCCUUCCAAAAAUGAUUGUUACUUUGUGAAGCACAACUCUGUUGCCACAUUUUUGUUGCCUUUAUUCAUGACAAGAAUUGUCCAUGUGAGAAAUGUAUGUCUUUAUGCAGCCAACUUAAUAAAAAGAUGAAAAA